ACUCUGAAGACAGCCUCAGAGGGGUGUCCAGAGGCUGACUGUGAGGGCCAGAGGGCAGAGACGGGGAGGGACACAGCAAAGGAACGACACACGGAGCCAGAAAGGGAAGGAGCCCCAAAGGGACAAGGAGCCCAACAUCCAUCCUCGCAGCCACAGUCGCAGUGGGAGCCAGCCCUGGGAGCAGCUCCGCUGCCCGUCUGUCCCCAUGGGCCUCUGCGGGCCAUGGCUGCACGCUUCUGUCCUCUGGGCCGCAGUGGCCAGCCUGCUCCUCCCCCCCGCCAUGACCCAGCAGCUGAGAGGGGCUGGACCCGGCCCCAGCAACUGGGACGACCAUGCAGGAGCUUCCGGGCCCUCAGAGGACGUGUCGGGCAAGUCUGACCACCCCACGCACAGCCACGGAGGCCAUGGAGAUGAGAACAGGGAUGUUUCCACAGACAGUGGGCACCAUUUCUGGGGCCACGGAGACCACGGAGAAGAGGACGAAGAUGUCUCCAGAGAAUCCCAAGGCCAUAGGUACCAAGGCCGCGAGGUGGGAGAUGAGAACGUCUCUGACGAGGAGGAGUACCCCGAGCAUGCUCAGCAGGCCCACAGACACAGACACCACAGAAAAGAAGACGCGGAUGAUUCAGCUGAGCGCGGGGACCACUUCCCCAGCCACGAGAGCCAGAGCCAUCAAGACGAGGAGGAGGAGGAAGUUGUGUCCAGUGAGCAUCACCAUCAUCACGUCGUCAGGCAGGCCCACCGAGGCCACAGAGAAGAGGAAGAUGAAGACGAGGAAGAGGAGAAUGUCUCCACUGAGUAUGGACAGCAGGUCCACAGACGCCAGGACCGCGGGGAGCAGAAGGACAAAGACGGCUCAGAGGAACAUGACCGCGGCCAUGGCCCCAGCCACAGACAUGGGGGCCACGAAGAAGACGAUGACGGCGAUGAUGCUGUCUCCACCGAGCGCAGACAUCAAGUCCACAGGCACCGAGAUCACGGGGAGGAGGAGGAUGAAGAUGACUCAGAGGAACAUCACCACCAUGGCCCCAGCCACAGAUACGGGGGCCACAAAGAAGAAGAAGAAGAAGAUGAUGAUGAUGAAGAGGACGAUGAUAUUGUCUACACUGAGCACAGACAUCAAGUCCACAGGCACCGAGAUCAUGGGGAGGAGGAGGAUGACGAUGACUCAGAGGAACAUCACCACCAUCAUGGUGGCAACAAGGAAGACGAGGAUGAGGAUGUGUCCAUGGAGCACUGGCACCAGGGCCCCAGACAUACCCACCAUGGCCUUGGAGACGAGGAGGAAGAGGACGAGAUCACAGUCAAGUUCAGCCACCAUGUUGCAAGCCCCCAACCCCAAGGCCACAAGAGCGCUAAGGAGGAGGACUUCCCGGAAGAUUAUAAAACAGCAGUCCCUGGCCAUGACCACCAUGGAGUCCCCAAGGAGGAAGAUGAGGACAUCUCUGCCAGGCUUGGCCACCAGGCUCCCAGCCACAGGCAGCAAGACCACAGAGAUGAGGGGACUGGCCACAGAGGGUCCAUCAGGGAAGAGAUGAGCCACCGGUCCCCAGAACACAUGGGGGUGAAGGAUAGAAGCCACUUAAAGGAGAGCGAUUCUGAGGAGGACGAGGAAGAGAAGGAAGAGGAUCACAGCUCCCGUGAAGAAGCCAACGAAGGUUCAGUGGAGGGAGGAGAAGGCACCCGCCGUGGCAGCCUGGAUGACCAGGAGGAUGAAGAAGACGAGGAGGAAGGGCAUGGCCUCAGCCUGAGCCAGGAGGAGGAGGAAGAGGAGGAGGAGGAAGAGAAGGAGGAAAAGAGAGAAGAGAGAGCUGAGGUUUGGGUCCCACUGAACCAAGACCACCAGGAGGAAGACGAAGAGGAGGCAGGGCUCGAAGAAGAUGAACUCCCCUUCACCAUCAUCCCCAACCCGCUGACCCGGAAGGAGGUGUCUGGAGGUGCCUCCAGUGAGGAGGAGAGUGGCGAGGACACGGGUCAGCAGGAUGCCCCGGAGUAUGGGAACUACCAGCCAGGGUCCCUGUGCGGGUACUGCUCCUUCUGCAACCGAUGCACUGAAUGUGAGAACUGUCACUGUGACGAGGAGAACAUGGGAGAGCAUUGCGACCAGUGCCAGCACUGUCAGUUCUGCUAUCUCUGCCCGCUGGUCUGCGAAACUCUCUGCUCACCGGGAAGCUACGUCGACUAUUUCUCCUCGUCCCUGUACCAAGCCCUGGCAGACAUGCUGGAAACUCCGGAACCCUGACCCAGCCUCGCGGCUGCGGCGCAGACAUACCUCCUUGGCCCUCCAAACCCUUUCCACGAGCCAUAUUUAUUUCUCUGAAUAAACGUGCUCCCCGAGACCUCACUGUCAGGCGUGGGGUUGUGGGUUUGAGGGAGAAGAGGCCUGAACUCCUCGAGGUGUUUGGUUUACUAGGUCCUGAUAAAUAAAUCAGUCAACACGGGA